AUAAUUAUUACCAUUAAUUUUAUUGGUUAAUGUAGAUUUGAAGUAAUCAAGUAAAAGUAUACUCAAGGUCAGAAGUUUCUUUUUGUAUCAAUCAUUUUUAUGUUUCUUUGCUCUCUGGCAAAGUUCUCCCUUUCUUUCUUGCUAAGUAUGUCUUCAAAUCUUGAGUUUUGCUAUGUGGCCCAAACUGUAUACACGGAAUUUAAACACCAGACUAUAAAAAAAGAAAAAAAAAACACAAAAACAUUAGACCAGAAUAAACCAUGUGAAGAGAAUAAAGCCUAAGUUAGUUGACAUCAACAAAAACCAUACUGGUUAAUGCUAACAUAACUAAAUUGUUUUGUACUUUACUACAAGUACAUUAUACAAUAUUUUUAAAAGGUUGAACUAGUAUGUACGUUACUAUAAAUUGGGGAAUGCAAUAUUCUUAAAUACCAAAAAGAAUGGAGAUCUAUGAAGAGGAUCUUUAUGCUAGAGGUCCAUGCACUAAAAGCUAAAAAGCCCUAAAAAAAAUUCCCUAAUUCGAUUCCUUUUACACCUUAACACUAAUAAAUUAUAGUUUUUUAUGUUAUUCCCUUGUGUGUUCUGCCCCUUUCCUUUCCGUUCUGCUCAUUGCUUUGCCGGCCUAUAAUCCUUUAUUCUCUCUUGAACACUUGCAAUUUGCAAAGAUUGUUCAUGGACUUUUAUAUACAUAUAUGAUACUCUCGGUGAAGGAAUUAUGUCCUUAGACAUUUCCGGCAAUUACUAAAUAUAAAUAAGAAUUAAUUAUGAAGAUAAUAAAUUAAUUAUUUUAGUAAUCAUAUUUGCUUGCUAGAGAAUAAAUGUGAUUAGUAGGACAAUAUUGAUUGGACCUACAACUAAAAUAUAUUAAUCCUAUAAGGUCACACAUAUAAGCACUAAUUGGAAUGAGCCCAAAAGGUCCUAUGGCAACCGGCCUGCUAAGAGAAAUAAGGUUGGGCUUUGUGUUAACUUAAAAGCCCUAAACAUUAUAAUAGUUAUAAUGUCAGGGAUUCAGUAACUACGUUCAUUGAAUAUCUGACACAAAAAGAAAACACAAAAACCCUAACUGUCAUUCUCUAAACGCCGUACAUCCCAAACAAAGCAAGAGACAGAUUGUGAUCGUUCUCUUCCGUACUAGCAUACGUGGGAUUCAAUUCGUGCUUGUGGACUGAGUAGAGGAGCAACAAGUGGGGCUCUAAGAUCUUCGAAGCUUGCAUACGAACGGGAGAACACGCUUCAAAGUUAUCAUGUCUGGUGCAAACAACUCUACUUUUAACUUGCGCCCUCUAAUUGAAAAAGACAAACUGAAUGCUACAAACUUCCUACAAUGGCAAAUGGCUGUGAGAAUUGUUCUCAGAGCGGAAGGAAAAGAAAGUGUUCUUGACAAUCCUCUCCCUGAACCCCUGCCAGAAAAUGCUACUGCAGCUCAAAGGCGAGCUAGACAAACUCUAGAGGAUAACUCCCUGCAAGUAACAUGCUUGAUGCUUGCUUGCAUGGAACCAGAGUAUCAAAAACGUUUUGAUGGUCUGGAUGCCUACAGCAUAAUCUAGCAACUGAAAACUUUGUUUCAGAAAAAUGCUAGAUUGAAGAGAUUUGAAGCAAACUGCAAACUUCUGGAUUCCAAGCUAGAAGAGGGGAAGCCCGUUGGUCCGCAUGUGUUCGAUUUGAUUGGACAUUUUCAGACCAUGGAGAAAUUGGGCUUCCCUUAUCCUAAGGACCUGGCAACUGACAUAGUCAUCAGAUCCUUGCCUGAAGAUUUUCAUAACUUUAAGUUGAACUUCUACAUGCAAGGAGGGGAGGCUACCCUGCAAGAGUUGCAUGGUUCACUAAUUCAGGCUGAGAGAAACUUACCAAGUAAACCUAAACAUAAGGAUGUUCUAAUGGUUAGUAAAGGUAAGCAGUUCAAGAAGAAAGGGGCUCCCAUGAAGAAGAACAAGGGCAAGGUAGUUGCCAAUGAGAACUCUUCAACCAAGACAAAGGCCACUCCAAAGGCUAAGGUAGCUGCUCAACAUGAGUGCUACCACUGCCACAAGAUUGGUCAUUGGAAGAGGAACUGCCCCAAGUAUCUGGAGGAAAAGAAGACUGGUGCUUCAAUUUCAGGGACUAAAAAGAAGUAGGAGCUUGAGCAAAGGCGAAGUGGAUCUCCGAGUAGGCAAUGGAGCAAGAGUUGCUGCUUUAGCUGUAGGAGAUUAUAGUUUACGCUUGCCUUCUGGUUUAAUAUUAGAACUUUAUAAUUGUUAUUACGUUCCAGUUAUUACCAAGAACAUAAUUUCUAUUCCGAUUUUGGAUUCGGAAGGUUUUUCAUUUCAAAUUAUGAAUAAUUGUUGUUCAGCAUAUUUGAA